AUGCCCCGAAAUGCUCAAUUCCAACCAGACCGGGAGCCUCUCCAAAACCACCCUAGCCUUAAACUACAAAGAAGCCAUGUUACAGGACCAUUACAUUUUUUGAAUCCCACUCGGGCUCGGUACCGUCCAGCCGCAGUCCCAACCCAAACCCCCUCAGAACAUGACGCGGCAGAGCAGCCCCUAAAACCAGAAACCAAAAUCACUGCCCAGCCAACAUAUACAGAACAUCUCUGGCGGUCGCGCGAUAAUCGCAAAGGUCGACAUGCUUUACGGGUGGAUUAUCAGGUAGCCGGACAGAACGCUGGAAAUACUUUGCCACCACCGACAUCUUCGCUGCGGGCGGUGCUUAAAGGUGUUCUGCGGAUGGCUACAUGUGUCCCUUACUGGGACGUUUCAUAUCUCGUUGCUGUGACGUUUACUCUGGGAUCAGCUAUUUGGAUUAUCAAUGCUUUUUUCGCUUGGCAGCCUUUAGUGGAGCCAUCGACGGAGUUCGCGGGGGAGUCGCUAGUUGGCGGAGGUGUGACGGGGUUCAUUGGCGCGACUGUGUUUGAAAUCGGGAGUGUCUUACUACUUCUGGAAGCUGUGAAUGCUAAUAAAACGGGAUGUUUUGGAUGGGCGCUUGAAACAGAGUUGACGAAGGUUAAUGGGGAAGUGUCUCAUACUGUUACUGCUGAGGCGAAGCCUAUCAAUGAGGAUUGCCAGCAUCAUCAUGCGAACAAGCGCAAUCUAGUCGGAGCUGGAAAGCUAGAAGCUCAUCGUCGCUCAUUCUCUGGUGAAGGCUACUCGACUGCAUCAUCGGAUGGUAGGUCUUUUCGCUGGGUACCGUCGGUUUCAGAGCUUCGGAAGCAUUACCUUCAUGAGCUGGGGUUUCUAGCAUCGCUGAUCCAGUUCUUCGCUGCGAGUAUAUUUUGGAUUGCUGGAUUGACUGGAUUACCGGGAAUCAUUGAUCAUAUGAGCCAAGGGCUGACUGAUGGAAUCUACUGGGUUCCACAGAUGGUGGGCGGUGUUGGAUUCAUUAUUAGCGGGCUUUUGUUCACCAUCGAAACGCAGAAAAGAUGGUACCAGCCAGCAUUUCACAUCCUGGGUUGGCAUAUUGGGGCAUGGAAUUUUAUCGGUGGGAUAGGAUUCACUCUUUGUGGUGCACUGGGCCCAGCAGCUAGUGCCUCUGGGGUGGAAUAUCAAGCUACAUUAGCUACUUUCUGGGGCUCGUGGGCUUUUAUGAUUGGAUCUACUAUACAAUGGUAUGAAAGCCUGUCAAAGUAUCCUGUUGAGAAGAAGAGAAUGGUGAUCGCAGAACCGAAAGGUGGAAAUUGA